AUGAAGUCAACCUCAUCUCAGAUUCGUGGGUUUUACCUGGUGAAGUUUGCGGUGUCUGUGACUGCUUGUUAUUUGACCAUCCAGCUUCUUAUCACCUUUGCCGAAGUGCUGCUUCCAUUCAUAUUCGCAGUGCUCAUCGUCAUUGUACUGGAACCGAUUAAAAAGUUUGUCAUGAGAGUCUUCUCUAGGCUUGUUGUUCGUACUUUGCUGACCCUGCGGCUCCACUUCUGCAUAGAGAACAUGCCAACGACGCAUGGUCCCGAUGGACGCCUGGAAAGCGUCGAUGAGACGACGCCCGUAUAUGGCAGUCUCCCGGAAGAUUCCACAGCGGAGGAUGCACCACGGCCUGCAGUGAUACCCAUUCCUGCAGUUAAGAAAUUUCUGGUGGCCCUCUCUAUCGCCUUCUGCCUGGUGAUGAGCGGCCGGGUGCUCUGGUUGACGGCAAAAGUUUUCUUCCGAGCAGGAGCCGUGAUAUCUUCCAACCUGGACUCUUACAAGCAGGGUGCUGAACGUCUCAAAGGGUGGGUACAGACGUACAUCCAUGACCUUCACAUAUCCUCGUUGGAUUAUGGAGAGCUCCUCGAUGAGCUCGUGUUAGAGGUAGAGCAUAUUGGCAGCGUUGUGACGCAGAGUGUCAUCUACACCGCAGUGCAAGCCGUGGUGACAUUUAUCUUUUUGAUCUACAUGCUCUGGAGCCCCGUGAAGAUGGACGGCAGCGCAGUAGCCGCCGAGGUCUUCAUUUCCACCAGCAGAUACCUGAAGGUCAAGUGUCUCACAUCAGCUUUCACAGGGCUUUCUGUUGGAAUUCUGCUUUGGGCCAUUGGCCUGGACCUGCCCGCCGCAUUCGGCUUGCUGUCCUUCCUGGCCAACUUUCUGCCAGGCAUUGGCUCACCAGCAGCUUCAGUGUUGCCAUGCAUCCUCGCCAUCAUCGACGUGAGAAAAACGCCUACCCAGGUUUUGCUGGCCUUUGUGCUGCAAGCGAUCAUGCACUUCUUCAUCGACUUUGUGAUAGAGCCUGUGUUCUUUGGCAUCUCCGUCGAAAUCCAUUCUGUGAUUGUCAUUCUUGGGAUCUGGUUUUUCUACCAGGUGUGGGGGGUUCCUGGAAUGCUGCUGUCAGUGCCACUGCUUUCAGUGGUGAGGAUCAUGAUGAAGUCCAUGAAGCAUGCCGGGCCAAGCGGAGGAGGAGAGGAUGCAGACACCUUAGCCUUCCUGGACAACGUCUUCGCAGGGCGCUGGAUGAGCUCCGUUGGUGAGACAGGAGAGGAGGAGUUUGACCUUGGCGAGCUCCAGCUGCUGG